CAAGAGUCAGAGUCGAUUGCUAUUCAUUUUUCACGCUGCUUCUCCUGUCAUUCCCAUUUCCCGCCAACUGAAGGAAAAGGCUCACAAGCAUUGUGAGGUUGGCUCUCGUUUCUCUCGUCUUGUUCGCCGUUUUCUCUACUUCAUCCCGCAACUUGACUUCUGAGAAGAUCGCUUUUGCUUUUUCAGUCGCCUUCCACGAGCUGCAGCCUCGAUUUCGAUUCAAAUUUCCAUUCCAAGCACCAAGAAGACAUGAAUCAGGACAUCGAAGCGUCUCCUUCGCCGAAGAAGCAGAUCUCCAAUGUAACUGUCUGCUCUCGCUUCAGGCCAUUGAGUUCAAAAGAGAGGAAGGAUCACGGUGGCCGAGUUUGCGUGUGCCGUAUCGACGACGAAACUUUCGUCUUCAAGGAUGAGAAAGAAGAAGAGUCUACUUUCAGCUUCGAUAAGGUUUUCUAUGAGGAUUCUCUGCAAGCUGAUGUCUAUGAAUUCCUAGCCCUGCCUAUCGUUCGUGAUGCUGUCAAUGGAGUGAACGGCACGAUAAUCACUUAUGGACAGACGGGAGCUGGGAAGACGUAUAGCAUGGAGGGACCAAAUGUUCUAGAAUCAGAUGAUAUGAAGAAAGGGCUGCUUCCAAGAGUAGUAGAUGGAUUAUUUGAGCAUAUAGCGUCUGCUGGUGAUUCAAUCAAGUACAAGAUCAAGCUAUCCAUGGUUGAAAUCUACAUGGAGAAAGUCAGGGAUCUCUUUGACUUGUCUAAAGAUAAUUUAGUGAUCAAGCAGAGUAAAGAUCAUGAGAUGCUGGUUUCUGGAGUGACAGAGAUUCACUUGGCAGACACAGUAGAAGCUUUGCAAAACCUACAUGCUGGAAUACAAAAUAGAGCUGUUGGGGAAACCCAAAUGAAUCUGGCCAGCAGCCGAAGCCACUGUGCCUACAUAUUCACAGUCCAGCCAUAUUCGACCAGAGAUAGGCGAAAAACAGGGAAAUUGGUGCUUGUUGACUUGGCAGGAUCUGAGAAAGUGGAGAAAACUGGAGCUGAAGGGAAACUUCUUGAUGAAGCUAAGACCAUAAACAAAUCCCUAUCAGCUCUAGGGAACGUGAUAAAUGCUCUAACAUGCAGUUCAUCCAAAGCUAUUCACAUACCUUAUCGUGAUUCUAAGCUGACCAGGCUUCUUCAGGAUGCUCUAGGAGGCAACUCCAGGACUGCUUUAAUCUGUUGCUGUUCGCCGAGUACCUCAAAUUCUUCAGAAACAUUUUCCACUCUUCGUUUCGGUAUCAGGGCAAAGCAUAUAAAGACAUCGCCUACUGCUAAACGGAUAAUUGAUGAGGAAACUGAAGCCAGAUGGCAUCCAGCCGAUGUUCCAACAAAAGAGGAGUCUGGUGAGAGAAUUAUAGCUCAGAUGAAGUUAUUACCAACUGUCAAACAUAUUGACGAAGACAAAGAAGCGAAAAUGCAUGCAGCAGAUGCCCCAAAGAAAGAUGAUUGUUAUGAGAGAAUUCUAGCCAAGUUGAGGGAGAGAUUGGAUGACGAGGAGGUCAACUUGCUCGAGGAAUUACUCGUACUGGAGGAAAUGCUGUUUGAUCCCAGUACAGCAGAAGGCUUAGAAUUGGACUUCGAAGAUAUGACUUCACGUACAAUCAACUUGCUGCAACAGAAUCUGCAAGAGCUUAUGAUUACUUGUGAAGAGCUUAAGAGUGAGAACAAAGCUCUCAAGGCCAGAAUUGCAGCUGGUGGAACUAUGGAAGGUGGUCGGGAAGAGAAUGGAAGUUUCUUCAUGCAGAAAGUUUCUGGCAUUAUCAGCUUCUUCUUUCCGUGGGUUUGGGGUCGGGCCCAGUAGUCAAAUUUCUUGAGUAGAAGGCCUUUUUUAGUAUGAAGUCAGUUUCUAUCUCACAAUCAGUUGGAGCUUUUUCAGUUUGUUUGUUAAACAUGACCUUUAUUACACGUGAACGUGAGAAUUGUAUCAACGCUAUCAUUUAUAGCUAAAAAAUAAAAUUGCACCCCCAUU